CUGGAUCAACCAGCUGUUCCACUGAAACGGAACGGCAGGAACCAACGUAAGACACAGGUGGAUCCAAUCGAGUUCAAGAUCGAUUCGCGCCGCCGAGGGCUCCGUCAGCUUCGCUCCUCGGAUGGUCAAACAGCAACAGCCAUUGGAUUUCUUCUUGACACUCCUUUGACCCCGUUUUCCUUGUAGCUUUUUGCGAUCCAUAGCGUUUUCGAUCAAAGAUCGAAGCGAUUGACAUGUUCAUCCCAUAAACAAGCAGUUCGCCAAACGUUUUCUGUUAAGCGGGCGACUUCUGAAUCACGCGGCAAGAUGGCGUCCCGUUACAAGGACAAGGACGCCGGCGUCGUGCUCUCCUUUGGCGGCCAAUGGGUUAGUUGGUCGCACACGGCCGUUGCUUACAUGGCCUUCUUAAGCGCCCUUGUCGUCGGCUCCGCGCUCCAUUAUCGCAAGAUCGUCCAGAACGAAUGGUACGGCUACCCGGACGAAUGGUUCCCGUCCGUCUCAGCUACAAUUGGCGAUCGAUACCCUGAGCGCUCCAUCUUCAUGAUCUUCAUCGCCAUUACUUCCGGUCCGAGAUUUGCCCUCGUUGGACUUUGGUACCUCCUCACUGCGAAGCCUGGCCGCACCCUUCCUAAAGCAAUCGCCAUUUCCGGCGUCAUUCGGACGCUAACAUGUGGUGGGUGGACGUAUAUCACGUCUACCGACGAUCACGACUGGCACGAUAUCUUGAUGAUCUCGUACAUCGUAUUCACAAUUCCGUGGACGACGGGGUGCAUUGCGCUCAGUCCACCAAACGCGAAAGCUAUCAAGUACAGAAAAUAUCUGGCUGGAGGCUUCUUCGGCACCCUCAUACCGUUGAUUUACUUCUUCAUCCAGCACAAGGUUCACCGAGUGCCGGGGGCUUACACUAUCUACGCCUUCUUCGAAUGGUCGCUGAUCUUCUUUGACGUUGCCUUCGACGCCGUAACGGCUCUGGACUUUGACACUUUUGAGUUGGUUGUCAGGGAUGUCAAGGGCGCAAGCAAGGGUGUCAACACAUCGUCCGUGCCUACUGCUGUCCUGGAAAAGGAGAAGGAAAAGGCCACCGGUGGGGUCUUCUCUGCUGGCUUCCGCCUGAACGAGGCCUUGGACAUUGCGGCCGACGUGUAUCACGGUUUCGUCUUCUGGUCCAUCUUGACCAGCCUUGGUGUGGUUAUCUGGUACUUUCCGCUCUGGCACAUGGGCAUCUCGGGCUACGAAGCCCUCGUCAUGUCCACCAUCUCGCCCAGUCUUCUCGCCAUCAGACCGCUCCGCUCCUUGAUCGUGAAGAACCAACGCGUCACCCAUCUUCUCUCAAUUGCAGGCUUGCUAGCAUACCUGGUUAAAGACCCGGUGUCCCGACUGUUCACAGUUGGCUUCGGCGUCUGGAUGGGUUGCCUUGGAUGGGCCGCCACUUGGUAUUCCGACUCAGCGCAGCCUGCUAGGCUGGAAGCCCGUAUUCUCGCGUGGACAAUCGGUCUGCUCAUGUCUUCUAUUGCCAAGUUUGCGUGGUACACGAACAACCCCAUCUGGCCCAUCAUGCACGCCGAGAACGGUGGUUGGAACGGGACGGGUUUCGUCCUGGCCGUUCUCGCGGCCCUGAGAUUCACCCGGCGGGCCCCCAUCCAGACCGCCGACGUCCCCGAGAGUAAGGGGUCGGCCCUGCUCUCCGCGUUCGGUAUUGGUGGCCUGUUCUUCGGUCUCCACUCACUACUGUCCGAUACUAGCACAAUGAUCCUCUGGGUUUGGGACGGGUACCCGAUCAGGGGCCCCGUCUCGAAUGUCCACGGUUGGUACACCAUCGCUGCUAUGACGGCUGGUUUACUUACGGGCGUGUUCAAGCCCCGUUUAGUCACCACAUGGACUGCUUAUGGCGUGGCAUGUGUCGGCGCUGCACUGCUGACUCUUUACCAACGGUGGUUCGGCUACUACGGCGGCCUGACGUUGGCUGCCUAUUUGAUGGCCAUCUCUAUGCCUCUGAUUGGGAACGCUGCUAAAAAGAAUCCUGCCGUCACGUUCGGGCUUGGCUUCUUUGUCUAUAACCUCAUGGUUCUCUUCCACGUGUGGGUCGUCGCGUAUGCCUUCGUGCCUGGUGGGCCUCUUGUGCGCGAACACACGGAUUGGAUCAUGAUUACCAUGAUGCUCCUAAUUGGCGCUGGUGUGUUUGACUUCAUCUCGCAGCAGGCCAGGUCCGGCCGUAAGGACGACCGCCGCCGUGCUGCCAAUACGAGCCACCGGAAGUACCACCUCGGCGCUCUCGGCGUCCUCAACAUCAUCUUCCUCUGCGCCAACUUCCUCCGUUUUCCCACCAACGACUACAAGCCGUACCACGCCAAGGAUCGACUCUUCACGGCCGGCAUUUGGACCAUCCACUUCUCGCUUGACAACGACAUGUGGUCUUCUGAAUACCGCAUGCGCGACUUGAUCAAGGAGAUGGAAGUAGAUGUAAUCGGACUGUUGGAGUCCGACCUGCAACGCAUCAUCAUGGGCAACCGCGAUACGACGCAGUUCCUAGCGGAGGACCUAGGCAUGUAUGUCGACUACGGCCCGGGCCCGAACAAACACACGUGGGGCGCCGCGCUGCUGUCCAAAUUCCCCAUCCUCAACUCAACCCACCACCUACUGCCCAGCCCCGUGGGCGAGCUGGCCCCUGCCAUCCACGCCACGCUCGACAUCUACGGCACCCCGGUCGACGUGUUUGUGUUCCACUCGGGCCAGGAGGAAGAUCCCGAGGACCGCCGUCUCCAGUCCGAGUACCUGGCCAAGCUGAUGGGUUCCUCGACUCGCCCCAGCGUCUUGCUCUCGUAUCUCGUCACAAAGCCCCUCGAGGGCAACUACAACACGUACGUCUCGGAGUUGAGCGGCAUGCACGACGUCGACUGGACCGACUGGGACCGGUGGUGCGAGUACAUACUCUUCAAGGGACUCCGCCGCACGGGCUAUGCUCGCGUCAGCAGAAGCACCAUCACCGAUACCGAGUUGCAGGUGGCCAAGUUUGUAGUGCCCGCCACCGAGGAGGAAAGGGCCGCUGCCUGGACACUCGAAAAGGACCUCCGCGACAGGCGCGUGCAUGAGGACGAGGUCCCUGAGGGCUGGCGGUUCCCGGCUUUGUUUAGAGGCGAGGGCGUCAGGGGCCAUCGGUAUCAUGUUUUUGAUGAGCCGAGGUACUUUAACUAUUAGACAGGAAAAAGGGGUAAGAAUGAGUGCUGGGAGAAAGGAGGCGGGUGAGGAUGUAUUUAGGAAGAAGGGGAGGGAGUUAAUAUCCUUGUGUGUCUGGUUGAUACUAAGUCUUUCGCAUAUAUGUGUUGCACUGGAUAAACAUGGUGUUGGUUAUCUUUGCUCAAUUGCGGGCUUGUCUAGUGCCAUAGCUAGGUUAUUUCGGCUCUUAUACAGCUACUGGCUCGAUGAGAAGUUGGCUUGGGAUGUUCGCUGGGAAGUUGGUCCUGGAUCGCCGUCUGAGAUUCUGAGGUGGCGUUGAGCCUCGGUUCUGUCCUAGUCUGGCGUCUGGCCAAGGGCUCUGAUUGUUUGCGAGUAUGUAGGGGGUUGUGGUACAAUACAGGAAGGACUAGUAUGCUACCGGAGCAAACUAUCGCGGUUCACUGCAGUUACUCAGGCUCUGCCAGAGACUCGCUUUACACUGCAGGCCAUAUUUCGCGAUUCGACUCUAC